AUUUGUCAUAAUUGUUUACAAACAAAAAAAAAUUAUUUUUCAUCAGUACUAUAGUGUAUCAAUUAGUGCACGGUUAAUGAACUUUGGAUAUGAUUACGUAGUAACAAAAACCGUACUCGAACUCGUUUUGAUAUCUACAAAUAUUCGUUAUCUUUUAUGUUAAAACCACUUGUAUGUACUCGAUUGACGCUGAGUAGUCACUAUGAUGAACAAUCAGAUACUAUCUGUAUUAAUAAUUUUUGUCUGGCUAUCGAUUUUCAAUCCAUCAACUUAUGGGUAUAAAUAUUUCCGAAAUGGUAGAUUGGGAAGUAAAAAAGAACCGACGCCACCCAGUAAAUACGAAAAAUGGUUUACUCAAAAUUUGGAUCAUUUCAAUCCCAAUGAUGAGAGGAACUGGCAGCAGAGAUAUUUUGUGAAUGAUGAAUAUGCUAAUGAUAAAAGGGACGUUGCUUUUCUUAUGAUUGGAGGAGAAGGAACGGCUUCUGAUUAUUGGAUGACAAAUGGAUCAUGGAUUAUGUAUGCUCAAAAGUAUCGCCCAGUUUUGUUUCAAUUAGAACACAGAUAUUAUGGAAAGAGUUAUCCAACAGAAAAUUUAAGUACGGAAAAUUUGAUAUAUUUAACAAGUCAACAAGCUUUAGGAGACUUGGCGUUUUUCAUGCAAGCCAUGAACUCACAAUACGAGUUAUCUCCAGACGUUAAAUGGAUUGUUUUUGGUGGAUCUUAUCCAGGUUGUUUAGCAGCUUGGUUGAGACAGAAAUAUCCACAUUUAACGCACGGAGCUAUGUCCGCUAGUGGACCGCUAUUAGCAAAAUUAGAUUUUUCAGAAUAUUUUAAAGUAGUUGCCGAUGCAUUACGCGCUAGUAACGAAAAUUGCGCGAGUGCCGUAAAACAAGGUACCGCGCAGAUAGAAAUCCUGUUACAAAAAUCGUUAGGUCGUAAAAAUCUCGACGAUAUUUUCCGUUUAUGCGAAAGUAUCGAAGACAAUAUCGAUAAUAAUUUGGAUAUUUCGAACUUCUUCCAAAAUUUAGCCGACAAUUUCGCCGGAAUUGUCCAAUACAACAAAGAUAACAGAGAAUCGACUAGAAAAUUGAAUAUAACCGUCGAUACGCUCUGUGAUAUAAUGGUAAACGAAACAAUCGGACCGGAAGUGAAUAGAUUAGCAGCUGUAAACGAUUUGUUAUUAAGAGUGAACAACGAGACUUGUUUGGAUUAUAAAUACGAUAAAAUGAUCGAAGAAUUGAAAAAUAUAAGUUGGGAUUCCGAAGCUUCUGAAGGAGGUCGCCAAUGGACUUAUCAAACAUGCACGGAAUUUGGUUAUUAUCAAACCUCCUCGUACAAACCGCAUAUAUUCGGUAACAGAUUCGACAUAACCUUCUCGAUUCAACAAUGCGAAGAUAUAUUCGGUUCUUCGUAUAACCGAUCGUUCCUUGAACAAGCUGUAUACAGAACUAACACGUUGUAUGGAGGUUUGGACAUCGAGGUUAGCAACGUGGUGUUCGUGCAUGGGUCUUUGGACCCUUGGCACGUUUUGGGGAUCACCGAAACGACCACGAACGAGGCACCGGCGAUUUUAAUUAAAGGUGCGGCUCAUUGUGCUAAUAUGUAUAAUCCUGCUGAUGAUGAUACUCCACAAUUGAAGGCAGCGAGGGUGCAAAUAGAAGAGUUGAUUGGAAAGUGGAUAGAUCUUUGAUGGAAAUUAAUAAUUUCGUUGUAAAAAUAAUAAGAAUAAGUUUAACUUGUGAAUAAAUAUUUUGAUUUUGAGAUUAAA